AUGCGCCGCCUCGCAGGGCGCGUCCAGAGCAGCUCGGGCGGCGCUGCUGCGGCGGGGGCGGAUGGCGCGGUCGCCGCGCCGCUCAUCGGUGAGCCGGCGCUCCCGCGCGGCGCUCCGGCGGCCGGCGGCGUGUUUCGCCGCUGCGGAGGGCGUUGUCGUCGCGAGGGGCGGGCCCACGGCGGCGGAGGCGCUGCGCUGACGGCCGCUGACGGCGGCGGUGAGGGCCCAAGCGCCGGCUGA